AUGCCACGAAAGCUCAGGGCGGCCGCCCAGGCGGCUGCAAAGUCGAUAAAAAAUGUACCUUCGAUUCCAGAUGGGUCUGAUGAGGAGAUGGUCGACGCUCCUUCCUCUCACCCCUCUUCGCCUGUAGCCGAACCAGCAGACUCCCCAGAGAAAGAUACCAAUGUCGAACUCGAGGCUGAACCUGAACUUGAGCGUGAACCUGAACCUGAAGUUGAAGUUGAGCCUGAAGCAGAGCCUGCAGCUGGAAGCGCAGAAGUUCAGGCUCCUGAAAUAUCUGAUACACCCAAGCCAGAGGAAAAAUCGAGUAUUGCAACGCCCGCAGAAGAUCCAGUUCUUCCCGACACAGACAACACACCUUCCUACGGACCUGGUCGCCCAUCACUUCCGCCUCGUGGCAAGCGUCGCAUUGGUCGCCCACCCAAGAACCCUCGGCCUGAAUGGGAUCCGGCUGACGGCGACCCACCACUCCGAGUCACUACUCCAGUCAAAAGACGCCGAGGUCGGCCUGCUGCUAGCGGUGGACGUUGGGCACGGAAUCGUGGCCCCUCCCAUCUCACUCAAGUGCCCGUCGACAAGGAAGGAAACAUGAUGGAUGUAAUCAACGACGAAGUGUCGAUUCCGCCCGACCCAAUCGGCGCUACUAAGGUCGACGAGAAUGGCCACCUGCAAGGCGGACGCGAGUAUCGAGUCCGUACCUUCAAGAUCCUUGGUCGCGGGGACCGCCUCUACAUGCUGUCGACCGAACCGGCCCGUUGUAUUGGGUUCCGUGACUCGUACUUGUUCUUUCAGAAGCACAAGAUGCUGUACAAGAUUAUCAUUGACGAUGACGCCAAGCGUGAUUUAAUCGAACGCGAUCUUAUCCCUCACUCUUACAAGGGACGAGCCAUUGGUGUUGUAACCGCACGAUCAGUGUUCCGUGAGUUCGGCGCAAAGAUUAUCGUUGGCGGCAAGAAGAUCAUCGACGAUUAUGACGAGGCUGCUGCUCGCGAGCGCGGCGAUGUGGAGGGCGAGCUGGCCGUUCCGGAAGACCGAUUGCCUGGACCUGGAGAAACUUACAACAGAAACCAGUACGUCGCCUGGCAUGGCGCAAGCAGUGUAUAUCACACAAACGCGCCCGCGGUCCCGCUUGCUGGCGGAAAACCAGUUGACACCAAGAAACGCCGUGUACCAGUCACCGAUGACAACUGGAUGCUUGAGCAUGCGCGUGCUGCAAGCAACUUUAAUGCGAAGCUUGCCGAAAUGCGCCGUGCGAAUCUGGGUGGUGUGUACGAUGUACACACAAAUAUUAUGCAGCAUCCGAAGAUCAUGCAGCCAACCCACGCCCGCUGGGAGCGCGUUUCCCCAGCCCCGGCGCCCGCCCCAACCGAGUUGACGAGUAAUAUGAACUCAUUGAACCUCUCCAAUGGGGGUUCUCCUUCCGACCAUGAGAAUCAGACCUCCCAUAAAACCCAAGAAGCGAACGAGGCUGCCACUAGCGAACCCUCCACCGAAAAAAUGACCGCUACCUUUUCCCCUGUUCCCGCAUAUCUCCACGACCGCUAUGUCAUUCAGGACAUCGUCUAUGAAUCCCCGCCAUAUUCAAACAUGGGCAUCCCGGGGCCUGACGGUGAUGUGCAUGACAUUGGCCCCAACGGCCUAGUCAGCGUCGCCAACCCCGAGCAUCCCGAGUUCAUGUCUCCAGAGAUCCUCGAGUUGCUUCCGCCCGAGUGCAAAGAAGCUCUCAUUGAUGCUGCGGCACAGGAGGUUGAAUGGAAGUCCAAAUGGACCACCGAGACCAAGGACGGCGAGCGUACUCAGCCAACCAAGAGCUAUGCCUGGUACCCAUAA